CCCGUGACAUAACCGGAGUAGAAGGGGGAAAAAGGAAAAAGGAAAGAAGAAACUGACAUCACUUGACACCCAAGCAAAGCAAAGAUAUACUCUGUAUCUUUUUGGUGUAAGGUCCAGCAAAGAUAUUGAACAUUGCCUCCAGCGCAUGGCUAUGGGUGUCGUCAGUCUUGUCGUGAGCACAUUUUGACCCGUUGAACUAUUUUUUGUUUUUAACAAAGGAAAAUUUUCGAUAACUGAACACCCAGUCAGUCAACCACAACUAGAAGCAAUGCUUCAGUGCCAGUGGAAUAGCCUGAAACAACUCCACUUUAUCUGAAGGUCUUAUCAGAUUGUCUAUUGUUUUGCUGUCUUUAUGAAAUUUUUGCUCUUUUAAUUAAUACAUAUUCUCUCAAAUACAUGCAUAAGUGACAAGUCCUCUCCUCUCUACCAAAUCCCAUUGACGAACUGGUUUUUUACUGUAUUUUGAAGCAGUUUGCUGAUGAACUACAUUGAUGGAUAAACAGAGAACUUUCUUCUUCAAAUCCACAAGAUUAUUGGUGUGUUCUUUCACAAUAUCCUUUUCUUUUAUCUUUCUGGCUUCCUUGUUUACUUGGGUCAUCAAAUCCAACCCUUCAAUUCAUCAGGAAACCCAUUUUCAGUUCAACGAAUCAUUGCUUAAUUUGGGUGGUCAUAAACCCAUAAAUGUUGAGAGCUUGAGUAGUUUCAGUAGUAAUGCUUCAGCAGGAACCGUAAAGCAUUCAACUGUGAAAGAUGGCUCUUUUAUUAAGCCUAAAAAUGCAUCUGGGCCCGAUAAAUUUUCAGGGCAAGAAAUUGAGAGUGGAGUGCUAGGAGAUGGUGAUAGUGAAACUGAGGAUCCUGAAACCGAGCAAGAGGAUGCACCUGGACCUUCAAUAGACAAUAUUGAAGUUGAAAGCAAUGAAUUAACUGAAGAGGCUGAGGUCAGAGCAAAUUCAAUUCACAAACUUGGCCUUCCAAGCACCAAGGAACAGAAGGAAGAGAAGAAGACAAUAGUAAUUAUUGUUGAUAAAAAUGAAGUUCCAAGGAAUGAGAAAAUUGAGGAGAAGAAGAUAAAUAGCUGUGAUGUAACAAAAGGUAAGUGGGUUUACGAUGAGAGCUAUCCUCUUUACACAAAUGGAUCGUGUCCUUUCAUUGAUGAAGGUUUUGACUGUAUUAGCAAUGGAAGGCGCGAUAGCAAUUACAUGAAGUGGAAAUGGCAACCACAAGAUUGUGAUUUUCCUAGGUUCAAUGCUGCAAAAAUGCUGGAUUUAAUCCGAGGGAAAAGACUGGUCUUUGUGGGAGAUUCAAUUAAUAGAAACCAAUGGGAAUCCAUGCUUUGUUUGUUAAUGGGAGCUAUAAAAGAUCCAAAGAAGGUCUAUGAAACUCAUGGGCGAAGAAUCACUAGAGAGAAGGGAAAUUAUAGUUUCAAAUUUGUGGACUAUAAGUGUACAGUUGAAUACUAUGUUUCUCACUUUCUAGUACACGAGAGCAAGGCAAGAAUAGGGCAAAAGCGGAAGCCAACUUUGCGUAUUGAUGCCAUUGAUCAUGGUUCAUCAAAAUGGAGGGGAGCUGAUAUUUUGGUCUUCAACACUGCACAUUGGUGGUCUCAUUACAAAACAAAAGCCGGGAUAAACUAUUAUCAGGAAGGAAACCAAGUACAUCCUCGACUUGAUGUCUCCACAGCCUUCAGAAAAGCUUUGAUGACAUGGGCAGCAUGGGUUGAUAGACAUAUUAAUCCAGGCAGAACACAAGUUUUCUUUCGAAAUUCAGCACCUUCCCAUUUCAGGGGAGGACAGUGGAAUUCAGGUGGCCGCUGUACGGAAGCUGCUUGGCCCCUUGAUGGCACUUCAGGCAUGAUAUACCCUGACAAGAACAAAAUUGUGGAGGAGGUCAUUUUGCAGAUGAAAACUCCUGUAACAUUGCUAAAUGUGACUGGUUUAUCUGCAUACAGGAUAGAUGCUCAUCCAUCAAUAUAUGGGAAAAAACCAGGGAAUCGCUACUCUUCGAACAUUCAAGAUUGCAGCCAUUGGUGUCUUCCUGGUGUUCCAGAUACAUGGAAUGAAAUUUUGUAUUUCCAUUUGCAAUCCAAACAAAAGUCCAAGUAUCACUCAAAAAUUCGAUUGUGAUCCUCCGCAAUCAGCUUGUAUAUUCUUUCAAUUCUUUCAGCUUGUGAUAUUGUCAAAUAGCAUGCAAAAUGUAAGAUUUUUGGAUGAGGUUCUU